AUGACUCAACCCAGGGCCAAAGAGAUCUCCGCAUACCGCGACGGUAUGUCGUAUCCGGUCAGACAGAAGGACUUUUGGAACGCUUUGGCUAGAUGCGCGAAAGCCUGCGGGGACUUCAACAAUCUUCCCAAUGACGCAACCCCCGAGGAAAAGUCAGCAGCUUGGCGCAAGAUCGUCGCCCCUACCUCAAGUGCCGGCACACCAGUUAGCUCUGCCAACGAUUUCCCCACCCCGUCCGUCAAAGGACCGAUCAGAAUUGACUACGGCCUGCGUGUUCACAUUGCUGCGGACACCUUCAUCAACCAUAACUGCACCAUUCUUGAUACUCCUGUUGCCGACGUUCGUAUUGGUAAACAUUGUUCCCUCGGACCUCAUGUCAGUAUCUACAGCGUCGGACACAACCUCAACUCGGACACACAUCCCAGAGUCAGCUUUGGAAAGCCAGUCACCAUCGAAGAUGGCUGCUGGAUUGGAGGGAACGUAACUAUUCUGGGCGGCGUCAAGAUCGGGGCUGGUUCGACCAUUGCCGCUGGCAGCGUUGUACGCAGUGACAUUCCUCCUAGAUCCGUUGCUGCUGGAGUACCUGCCCGUGUUAUUCGCCAAAUCCGUCCUAGCGAGGAACACGACGCUUUCCCUGUGGCUUCGCUCCAUGUCGCUCUACAGAUCCCCAGCAACCAUGGCGGUGUUGAACACAUGAAUGAGGCGACUAGAGUGCGCCUCGACGAAUUUCUCGGCGAGCAAGACUAA